AUGCCUGCACAGAAUAUCGCUAGGUCUGCCUCGACUCAAGAUCUACUGCUCAGUGCACUGCUUCAGCGUGUCGAGAUCAGGGAAGACACAAGGGCCUCCGACUCUCUUGCCAUGCAUUGCACGCCAAAGGAUCACAUGCGACCAGACCUCACCUGCCAAACGCUGCCUCUGCCCCAUCCCGACCAACUCACUCAUGUCCAUAGCAGAGCUGUCACAGCAACACCCAGUGACGAAUGGAUUUCUGCGGUGCCAUCUCCUGCUUCUCACCGCUCGUGGUCGCAGAAAGCGAGUCUUGACACGCCCUCAGGGAGUUUCAAAACUAGGCUUGCGAAUGCCCGAUCUGUCGACCAAGAAGAUUUUCCGUCUGUCGCCAACAAUCACACUGCUUCCUCUGGCCAUGGAAUCUCUGCAGUCGUAACUUCGACGCCUCUCCGCCAAUAUUGCGUCGACGCUCACGAACAGUCACCUCCGAUCACUGGAUCCAGCGGCGAACAGUGGCUCUUCAAGCACGCGGACUAUCGUAAGGACUGGGGACUCUCCGUCCUUGUCGAUGCCGCUGCCGCCUCCGCCUGGAUGCCGAAUCAGCAAGCUGCUGCCCCUCUGGCGAUGCAGACGGCGACGGCCAAACACACUUCCCUAGCUCAAAUUUACCCUUAUCAGCCGCAAGCAGUACCAGUCGACAUCCCCUUUGUUGCCACUCAAAAUGUCUACACGUCGCUCCUGUCCAGCGACGCCAGGGGAUGCUUCUCCUCGCCACCUUCCUCCAGCACUGACAGCACACCUUCAUCAGGUCAUGACAUGUUUGUAACCAGUAGCUCUUCUCCUCGCGGACCUGACACUAUGAACGGAGUGCCAAGUGUCGAGGUGCAGUGCAAGCAGAGAAAGGAGAGUCUCUACAAGACGGAGCUUUGCAGAGGCUAUGAAGAGAAGGGUCACUGCGACUAUGGUGUCAAAUGUCAAUUCGCCCACGGUAAGCAAGAGCUGCGCAAGAUUCAGAGGCACCCCAAGUGGAAGACGGAGCUUUGCCGAACCUUUUGGAGGUAUGGCACUUGUCCGUAUGCCAAGCGAUGCUGCUUCAUUCACGAAGCCAAGGAGGCUAACGGUGCAUCGGGACUUGCUCAGGCUGACACUCUCGCGAUGAGGGCUCCUCUGUUUGCCAGGGUCAGAGCAAACAAUUCAAGCAGCAGCGUCAUUCAGUCUUCAAACGUUGAGGGCAGUAUGCCAUUGCAGUGCGCUCAGGAGCCCUUCCAGCCCAUGGCCGGCGUACUCGAUGCCGCACACUCCCGUGGCGAGGCCGCAUCCACACGACAGAGUCGAACACGAGCCGCCUUCGAUUACGACCCUUUUCUGGAUUCAGUCAAGGCUCAGGGCUUGACCCGAGCUCACUAAAGGCUCGACGUGAGGCUGGAAGCAGAGCCAAUGAAAGUUCGGCCUUUGAUAAAGUUCGUCGCACAACGCACCUCGCAAUCUAAGAGACUCAAGCCAAUCAAGUAUCAUACAUCAACAUGCAGCCCAACUUCCUGACUUAACACCAACACUCUCUUUGACGCUCGCGUCUCGGAAGAGUAUGCCACUUUCAUGUCCAUCUAAUGUCGACUCAAGAUCCAUAUCGAGAAGGGAGGCUU